UCUGCUUCUGAGGUUUGGAAUGAAGAUGUGGAGGUUAAUGUGUGUGAAUUUGGCCCUGCUCAUAUGCGUCAAAGGUUCACUUUCUCAGUUGAAUGUUUGUGGACGUGCCCCUUUAAACACCCGAAUUGUGGGUGGUGUGGAUGCCCCUGAGGGGGUGUGGCCAUGGCAGGUCAGUUUGCACAGCUCCACCUAUGGAGGUCAUUUUUGCGGAGGCUCCCUCAUCAACAGUGAGUGGGUGCUGACGGCAGCUCACUGUAUGCCUGGUAUCAGUGUGUCCACUCUGCUUGUGUACUUGGGAAGGAGAACACAACAGGGAGUUAACGCUCAUGAAAUCUCAAGAAGUGUCAGAACUAUCGUCAAGCACCCCUCUUACAACAGCAACACCAACAACAAUGACAUCACUCUGCUGCGCCUAUCCUCCGCAGUCACCUUUACUGACUAUAUUAGACCUGUGUGUCUGGCAGCUCAGAACAGUGUCUUUGCUGCUGGCACCAGCAGCUGGAUCACAGGCUGGGGAGAUGUUACUGCUGGAGUGAGCUUGCCCGCUCCUGGGAUUCUGCAGGAGGCUGUGGUUCUAGUGGUGGAUAGUUCUCAAUGUAAUAAUCUGCUGGGUGCUGGAUCUGUAACCAACAACAUGAUAUGUGCCGGUUUACUGCAGGGAGGCAAAGAUACUUGCCAGGGGGACUCUGGAGGGCCAAUGGUGAGCCAGCAGUGUUCAGUGUGGGUUCAGUCUGGUAUCACCAGCUGGGGCUAUGGCUGUGCUGAUCCCAACAGCCCUGGUGUGUACACCCGCGUGUCUCAAUAUCAGAGCUGGAUCACGACAACCAUUGGUCAGAACCUGCUGGGAUUUGUCACCUUCAGCCCCUCAAACUCAUGCUCUUCUGCCAGUCAAACCUCAACCUCCUGUCGUGGAAGAUGCAAUGAGAAGUACAACAUCCUUAAUCGAUGCAACUGCAAUACAAGCUGUCGCUUAAAGUGCUGCACAGAUUAUGCACAGCGAUGUACCAUGUAAAAAAAACACUUUGUCACUCCAGUCACAAAUAAGGAAAUUCUACCUCUGGUCAACGGUACUUUGGAAGCUCUGCAAUAGUAACCAGUACCAGUGAAAACAGCUUGCCACAGAACUGAUGCAACUUCACUCAAGGGUUUUACAAAAGAUUUGCAUAUAUCAAGCCUAGUUCUUACAUACAUUUUUCUUUUUUCUUUUUUCUUUUUUUUUUUUGCCAUACU